AUGCAGCAAGAGCAGGCCAUUAGAAGCUUUGAUGCUGAGUGCAGCACACUUCGCAUGGCUCGGCAUAGGAACUUGAUAAAGAUAUUGAAUAUCUGCUCCAACUUGGAGUUCAGGGCAUUAUUGGUGCUUCAGUAUAUUCCCACUGGAAGCUUAGAUAUGUUCUUACACUUUGACAACAUAGAGCACUUAGGGUUCCUCAAGAGGCUGGACAUCAUGCUAGAUGUAACGAUGGCAAUGGAGUAUCUGCACCAUGAGCAUCACGAGGUAGUCCUGCACUGUGACUUGAAGCCUAGCAACGUGCUGUUUGAUGAAGACAUGACGGCACAUGUAGCGGACUUUGGAAUCGCAAAGUUGCUAUUGGGUGAUGACUGCUCUAUGAUCACUGCAAGCAUGCUUGGAACACUUGGGUACAUGGCACCAGAGUAUGGAUCUUACGGGAAGGCAUCACGCAAGAGCGAUGUUUUCAGUUAUGGAAUCAUGCUCCUUGAAGUCUUCACUGGAAAGAGACCCACAGAUCCCAUGUUCGUCGCGGAUUUGAGCAUUACAUGGUGGGUUCGUCAAGCAUUUCCAGCUCAGCUUGCCUCUGUUCUAGAUGACCGGCUGUUGCAAGGUGUCUCUUCCUCUGCCAGCAAUCUGAAUGACUUUCUUACAGCGACAUUUGAGCCGGGUUUGAUCUGCUCAAGUGAGUCACCUGACCAGAGGAUGUCAAUAAGAGAUGUCACGGUGGCACUGAAGAAGAUUAAAAAGCACUAUACAGAAUCAAUAAUAUCAGCAACCACCACGAGUAGUACCCUGUGA